GCUGCUGAAAAGCCAUCUUUGUUGCAAAGCUGAGGGACGGAGCGGUCGGGAAAAUCCUGUUGAAUACCUAAAACUCGAGAAAGAGCAAAACAAAAUGUCAGCCCCAACCCAAGCUGCUGCUGCUUCUGCUGCAGGAGGACCUCCUGGGGCACCUGGCGAUGGAGCACCAGCCCCACCAGUCAACACAACCAGCAACAGAAGGCUGCAGCAAACACAGGCUCAAGUUGACGAGGUAGUGGAUAUCAUGCGAGUGAACGUGGACAAAGUUCUCGAACGAGAUCAGAAGCUGUCGGAGCUCGAUGAUCGUGCUGAUGCCCUCCAGGCUGGUGCAUCACAAUUUGAAACAAGCGCUGCUAAACUGAAGAGAAAGUAUUGGUGGAAAAACUGCAAGAUGAUGAUUAUACUUGGAGCAAUAUGUGCAUUCAUUAUCAUCGUUAUCAUAAUUUAUUUCUGCACCUGAGGAGAAAGAAGACUAACUGAAGAUCCAGCUUAACUUUGUUAUUGUCAGCCAUAUCUUCUCCAGUGUCAGAUAUUAUUUAUUAAUCUCUGCUUAUAACCAUGGUUGUUUUUAUUUUGUCUGUAACUUGCCCUAAUUACUCGAAUAGGUGCAUUGAUUGCUAUCAAAGUCUGAAUAACAAUGUAACCAGCUAUUUACUGCCGAAUAGUUAAAGUAGCUUUGUCUUAUACAUUCCAAGGUAAAACUAGCACAAUAUAGAUGGAUUGGCCUUCAGUUAAAUCCUGUUUCCAAAUAUAACUGUGACAUUUUUUCUGACUUGCCAACUCGUCAGGAGGUAACAGUCUGAAAUGCCCAAAGCCUUAACAAGCAUCAAAGCAAACCAGAUAAUUUUGAUUAACUUUGGCAAAUCUGAGCAAAUGUGAAAUUUGUUGAGACAUGAAGCAAAUUAAUCAGUAUAUUCCUGAUACUAUAUUUAAGAAUGUAAAAUCAAAAGUAAAAAUCCAGUAAGGAGAGUAUAAUAAUUGAGUACUAAUGAUCAGCAGUCUGUUUGACAUUUGGUGCUGUCUCAGAUCUACAAAGAUUUAAAGGAAUGGCUGGAACUGCAAUUAAUUUUGAAACAUAACCAUGGUAACAAUUCGUUUGAUAAAUUCUGUCUGAACGAUUAUAAUAGUACUGUAAUGACCUUCUUCUUACAAUAAUAACCACCCAGUUUUAUUUUUGACAUUUGACCGUAUGUUCAGUGGUCUUAUCAAAAGAAAGCUGCUUUCCUAAUAUGUUCCCGAAUUAUCUGCUGUCAAAAGGCCACUUUGAACAUACCAAGCAUUUAACAAACUGUUCACUAUCAAGUGAAAUAUUGUAAAGGAAACUGAAAUGAAGAUCUAAUUCUAUAUAUUUGAAGAUAGACUAGAAAUAUAACCUAUGAAACAGAGGUGAUAGUGAGAGAAAAUUCAUGAAAUUAUUUGUGGCAACUAAUUAUAAUUGAUAUCAAUUUAUUUUUGGUCCACUUUUGAUUUGAUACCACUUUUUAAAAAUUCACAUUAAUUUUGGUACGGAACGCACAUUAACAGUUUAGGGGAGGAAUUUGGGAGAGGACUAUUUUCAUGAUAUCCACACCACCUUAAUCCCUUUGCAAAAUUCCUUUAACAGGGAAGCAGAGAGAAAGCCAUUUUUUUCACCAUCUUCAUUAUAAUUUUACUGUAAGGGCAUAACCAAUAAUUUAUUACUCUCCACCACAAAUGCUAAUAUUUUUACCUAACAUGGAAAUGUUAUACCCAGAUAUAUUCAAAGUGCUGUUGAAACACCCCAGGUUCUGUUGACAUCAAUGCCGUUUUGAAGUAGCGCUGAUGUUUCAGUUAGAAAAAUACUACUUUAACCACAUUGGCCAAAACAUUGUCUGCCUGCAAAUGGGAUAAGCACUUUCCUGUUGUACAUCUGUGUUGCAGAACCCCAACCUGGGCAAUCAAGCCUCCUUUAUUUCUGAUGAGUAUGCACAAAAUGCCCAACAUAAUGAUAAUGUACUUAUACCAAUGGAUCUCCAAAACUAAACUAUAAUCUUAUAUGAUUGUCUUAUCAAAUGACAGAACAGUUAAAUUUUCUGCUAAUCAUGUAGAACAGAGGAUUAAUUGAAAUCUGAUAUUUCAUAAUUACAGUAUGAUUUUGAUCAAACCAUUACACCUCUGGAACUGAGUACCAAUGCAAACAUUUUAAGAUGAAAAAUAUGUUGGUAUUUAGUGUGAAUGGGCUACUAAUCAGCAUCCAGCACCUAACUACAUUCAACUCCAUCAAGAAUCUGAUUCUAAGCAGCAAGCAAUGCCUUUGGGAUGUUGUAUCUCUUUGUUUGUAUGGAACCUUUUCAAUCAAAGGACUCAUUCCCUGAUAUUUUCACAUUCUUUAGGGAGUUCUUCGUUUCAUGGUUCAGUUCUUUAUUGAGGGUCUUUUCCUAGUCAAUUGUGCUAAACUUGUAGAUCCCUUACUGAAAUAAUCAUAUGUGAUAGUCUAUUUUUAAAAUAUUGGAUCAUUAAUUGUUUACUCCCUCCCUUAAUUAUUGUAUAUAUGGUGUUUAAGUUCCAAGAUCUUUGACUAACAUGUGAUUAGUAAUGUGCUAUCCUCCGCAACUGUGGAAGGAGAACUGCAGAAUUCAUACAUACUAUAUGUAUUUGCUAAAUAUGUAGUAAGUCAUUCGCUUGUACAUGGAUUCUGAAAGCUUUGUGUAUCUUCUCAUACAGUAUGUGUGAUCUAGUAUUGUUCACAAAUAUACAAAAUUUGUGGUUUCAUCUCCUCUGCACCCUGGCCAGCCAGCCUGCCAACCUGAACCCAUUCCAAUUUAUUUUUAAAUACCUCCUCGUUAUUUCUAGUUCUCCGUAUACCACCAACAGUUGGGAGGGGAGUUAAUUGUUCAAUCUACUUCUGUUAGUGUGCCUACAGAGUUAGUCACUAGGAUCUGUACAGUUGAAGCCUUUCCAGUUUUUCUCCGAUUUGUUUUUCAGUUCCUCCUGCUAUGUAAGUACAGAACCUCCACUAUAUGCCAUCCCCAUCCCCCUCCAUGCAACAACAUGUUAGAAAUUUGCAACUCACUCAGUGGAAAUUCCAAGUGUAAACUCUCCUGCUACUUUGUUGUACAGUCCCUUGUUAUUUCAGCGCACUGCGGCACUGCGCCAUCUAGCUUACAACAUCAAUAUUCUUUCAACUUGCUAUGGUCACCUUAAUCGUGUGCAUUCAUAGAACAGUCAGAAGUCUGUAGUUAUUUCUAAAAGAAUCAGAUCCAACAUGUUUUAAAGUAAUUUUUUUAAGAGAGCUUUCUAUUUAUUGCUACUUACUCUUCACCUAAGCUGUACAAUGGCCAACAGGUCAACUAACGGUAUAGAGUAAAGAUUUUAUUUUUCAAACAUAAUGAGCGACAUCUUGCCAGCCUGCACAUCACUGCCCCGAUUCACCCUCUGCCCUCCCCGUGCAUGGUCUGGUCUGGAUGUUGCGGGCCUGAAGAAUUCUAGAGUGGUGUGGUCCCUUCCCUUGUUAUUCUGAGACAUUUAAAAGCUAAUGAAAUAAAAUUAAGUGGUUAACUUAAAAACAGGAACAGAAGAAAUAAAAGUAAGUAACUGCUUAAAAUCACUUUCAUUUGAAAAUUACUUAAGAGAAAGUAAUUUUACAAAAGUAACUGCUGUCCCUGUUGCCUCCUGAUCUUUUCCUCAAUGAAAUGAAAGUAAUCUCAGAAACUGCAACAUGAUCUAACCCGGUGCAGGACUGGUAAUACAAUUUCCUUAGUGUAAUGCAGCAGAAAUACAGCACCACUGGUCCCCACCUCCACAGGAGAGUAAACUGACAAAAUGGGCUUUCCAUAUAUGUAUGUCCACAGCUUCUACAGUAAAUUUGGCAGCUCAUGUAUGGAAAUAUGGACUUGCUGCUGGUGAAAUGCUGGCAGUACUGUCAGAAGUACUGCCAAUAGCUAAGGCAAACCAACAAAUUAGAAAAAGUAAAACAGGUGCAGGCUUCUCAAGGACAUUUGCGUAUCAUAUUCGAUCCUUUAUAUCAGCCCACUUUGCCACUUGCUCCAUAUUGUAUAUCUGUUGAAGCCCCAGAGCAUUCAGUUUAGAAUUCAAAAUCUUCACCAUUAAUUUUAUCAUACUGAAAUUUGAUUGUUCAUAUAAGCUUACUAGUUAUUGAAAAUUUAAUGUGAUUUUCAUAACAAUGAGUAAUUGUACAGUACAUCUUCGAACUGACUUAUUCUCAGUGUUGCUUAGUAACUGUAGACAUACCUGUUACCUAUUUUUCUAAUUGUUUUGACUUUUGCCAUGAAUAGUCCCUUCUUGCACCUAGUAGCACCAGAAAUUGAUUAUUCCAGAUGAACACUAGUUGUGUUUACUGCGGUAAUAUUUCACCUUUAAGAAUAUGUUUUACAUUGAAGGAAUAUGAUAAUUAGUGGUUGUGAACCAUGCAGUUAAAUGAUUGAAAAUACAUCAAAUGAAGCCAAGCUGUGUGAUUUUUUUUUUUUUUGACAACAAACACUUUCACCACUGUUUUAAUAAAGGCAGUUAUCCAAGCAACUUUUCGCACGAUUGUCCACAGCAAGCAUUGGUCCAUCUCCCUCGUUGACCCUCAUUUCACCCUUCUGUUUGUCCCAGCUCUUUUCCAUCUCAACUCCAUUCCUUUACCAGACCCCAUUACUUAUGCCUACAUUUGUGUUUUUUUUUCGGGAAACUGGAGGUGAACAGAAUUUCUACCAAGAUUUGUACCAUUAGGAGCAUUUAAAAAUAAUAUGGAUUGGCUAUUGACAAUCUGGUCAAUCAUUAUCAUUAAUGAUGGCGCAAUGAUUAUUGAUAAGCAGCUGGCCCUGCAUCAUACUAAUGACUGUAUGAUUAGUAAUAAAUGGUCAACUCAAAAUAUGAGUUAUGGCUACUGGUUAAGAUUGACUGUUGAGGUAAUUUGGGGACAAGGAUUAAAAUUUGGGUUGGGGUUAAUCUUUCACAGCUAUGACCAGAGACUGUAGUUGGCAUCAAGGUAAAGAGAUGGUGCUAUCCAAGAAAAGCAGCAAGUGAAAUGUUGUCACUAGACAUGAUCAGAAGAGGAAAAUACUUAUAAAACUUUUUCCUAAACUAAAUUACACCAUGUAUUUUUAUCUAACAAAACAAAUUAAAAUCAUGCUGCCUCUUAAUAGGUAAUAGAGCAGAUAUCAGUGGGAAUUGUGAGUGAAAAUACUGGAAAUGGCACCAAAAUUUAAAAAGUUGUUAAAGCUUUAUUAAGAACUUUUUGUAAGGAUGAAAUUUUCUGUUUUUGUGUCAGAUUUCUAGCAUUUAUUUUAUCUCAGUGAUAAAUACUAAGAAUGAACAGAUAUUCUUGUAUUGUAAAACAAUGGAAAUAAAUGGGCACCGGGGUAUUGUUAAUUUUCUAUAAUUGCCUUUGAAUAUUGUUAUACUACAGUUUAGAAACUUUAUUGUCUUUUGUAUCUUUUUUCUCUCAGAAACAUUCCAGUUAUCUUACAGUCUUUUUUUAUUUAAUAUCUUGUCGUGCUUUUAAAAUUUAUUAAAGAAGAGCCAAAAGUGUAUUUUCCAGUUCUUUAAAUGGAGGUGAUCACAAUUCUACUCUUGCUCUAUUAAACAGCACCAUCUCUGUCCCCAAUAAUUUAAAAAGACACUGGGAUUUGCAUGGAGAAGUUGCAUUAGUUAUAUACUAAUUUGAUGUUGCAAUGAUAAACUUGUUAACAACAAGUUUGUAUACCUUUGUGAGUGUGCGUGUAUGUGUGUGUGUGAGCGUGUGGGGGUGAGUGUGUGUGAGUGUGUUUAUAUUUAAAUUGGUGA